AUGGCAAAGAAAUCUGUAGCCAUCAUCGGCUCCGGCUGGGCCGGCUUUACUCUUUCACAGAAGCUGUCGCUGGCAAAAUACGACGUGACCGUCAUUUCACCAGUCCGCACGAUUCAGUAUACGCCGCUACUGGCCAGCGCGGCAUGCGGUCUCUUCAACUUUCGUCUCGCCGAGGAGCCAGUCCGCCGCAAACACCGGACAGAUCUGAAGUACUUCAAGGCCAUUGCGGAAGCCAUUGACUUUGAAAAGCGGACGAUCAGCUGUAAAUCGACAGCCGUGACGGGGGACAGCGAGGAUGGCAAAACAUUCAACGUGAACUAUGACAAGCUGAUCAUCGCGCCCGGCUGCGACAUUCAGACUUUUGGCACGCCGGGGGCCGACAAACACGCCCUCUUUCUGCGCACGACCAACGACGCGCGGCUCAUCCAGCAGCGCAUCCUCGAGAUCCUCGACAAGGCCUCGCUGCCGGGCAUCAGCGACGAGGAGCAGCGGGGCCUCUUGAGCAUCCGCAUCGUGGGCGGCGGCGCCAUUGGCAUGGAGGCCGCGGCCGAGAUCUACGACCUCUGGAGCGAGGACAUGCGGUUCCUCUUCCCGCACCUCGACGGCAAGCUGACCAUCACCAUCCACGACGUGGCGCCGCAGAUUCUGUCCACGUUUGACUCCAAGCUUAGCGAGUACGCCACCAAGUCGUUGCAAGGCCGGCAUAUCGAGCUCAAGACGAGCUCGCACAUUCAGAAUGUCGAGUCCGACGCCAUUUUUACCAAGGAGGAUGGCAGGCUGCCUUAUGGAGUCCUGCUGUGGGCUACUGGCAACAAGGCGUGUUCCUUGGUGGAGAAACUUAAUGUCAAAAAGCCAGAGAAGGGGCUGCCCAGGAUCAUUACGGACAAGUACCUGCGUGUUCUGCACCCGGAUGGCAGCCCAAUGGAGGAUGUGUAUGCGCUAGGUGAUGCGGCAGACAUUGAGGGAGAAUCUCUGCCAACGCUUGCCGAGGUGGCGCUGCAGAAGGGAGAGUACUUGUCAAAAACCCUGAAUCAGGACGACACUGGAUCGAUCAAGCCUUUCGAGUAUCAACAGCGUGCUCUGUUGGCUUACCUGGGUCAGCACGACGGAGUCAUUGGUGGCAAGGAAGACUGGAGCGGUCCCGCAGCGUGGAUCGCCUGGAGAUCUGGCAGUUUGGGAUGGACUCGUAGCUGGAGGAGGAGACUAAUGAUCAUGAUAAGUUGGUUGUUUGUAUGGAUUGGUGGGCGAGAUAUUGCACGACCUUGA